AUGCAGGAAAAGACUUCGAGAAAGAUAAAGACACCUACAGAGUCAUCUCAACAACAGUUUUUUGGGAAACGUAUUAGGGAGAUUUUGAAUAAGGAUAAAAAAACUGAUGAUAGUCUUUCUUCUGUUCCUUAUGGUGAAAUUAUGGUUUCUGGAACUCGUCCUAUAAUUCUUGGGAAUACAUCUUCAAAGACUAUAUUAGAAGCUACUGAUGGUAGCAGUAUUGUUUCUUUAAAUUCCGGUUCGGCACCAAGUGGUAGCUAUUCUAAUGUAUCUAUGUCUUGUGGGUCGAAAGCUAUUACAUCGCAUAAGAAUGCUUCAUGUAGGGAAUCUAAUGCUUCUGUUGGGUCAUCUAGUGGGCCGAGUAGGCGUAAUAUUAGUGAUGAUCAACAUAGUGUUUCAAGUUCUCGUAGUUCGUAUUCUGAAGAUUUCCAGCGUUUGGGACUUUUUUCCUAUAAUGCAAUAGGAUCAAAUGGUGAAUUUUCUUUUGAAAGGCCAAAGGAUCACUCUAUUAUUGAGCAUAUGUUUGUUGAGCUUCUUAACAUGAAGAAUAUUCCCUUCGAUUCUCGUGGAAAAAUGAUGAAUUGGUCAGCUUCUAAGAAAUGGCAAAUGAUUUAUCAAGAUGCUCUUCAAGAAUACCAGAAUAGGAAAAAAUGGAUUAGUUCUCAUGGUUAUGAGGCUGAUAAGGGUUCUCCCCAGUGGUUUGUUCGUAAGAUUGUUAAUAAUACGAUUAAAAUUAAGCAAUUGUCAACUUUAAGUGUUUCUUUGCGAACUCAGCCUAUUAGCUGGGUGAGAUCUUUUAUUAAAUGUCAAGGACAGAUUGCUUUAACUAAUGUUUUGAGUCAUAUAACUCAGCGCGUUAAUAAGCGAGAUGAUGAUAUACUUAAAGAAUUAGAAAUUUUAAAAUGUCUUAAAUCACUUUUAAACAAUACUUAUGGAGCGGACGAUGCUAUUGAGCAUCAGUCUUGUGUAAACUCUGUAGCAAGUUCGUUGCUUUCGCCUCAUCUUCCUUCUAGAAAACUUGCUGCCGAGGUCUUAACUUUUAUAUGUCAUUGGGAUAAGCCAAAUGGUCAUUCUGUUGUGCUUGCUUCUUUGGAUCACUUACGAUCAUAUUUGGGUGAACUUGGUCGUUUCGAUGCAUGGAUGAGAGUUCUUGAGCUUACUGUAGAUGGAAGAGGGAAAAUGGGAAGUCUCGUUGGUGCUAGCGAUGAAAUACGUCGUGGUGGAAUGGGUGUUGAAAAUAUUCUCAUGGAAUAUGCUCUUGCAAAUCUUUUUUUGAUUAACUCUUUAUGCAACGGUGCAGACGAUGUUAGAGAAAGAUUACAUAUUCGUAGUCAGUUUAAAGCAUGUGGAUAUCAAAGAAUGGCUUUAAAAAUGCAGCAAUUUAAUUAUGAUAUAAUAGAUCGUCAACUUGAAAAAUUUGAAAACGACGAAGCUCUUGAUUAUGAAGAUUUGUUUGAAAAAGAUGCUCAAGAUGAAAUUAAAAAUCUAGACAAUCCAUUGGAAUUGAUGGGUUUGAUAUGGAAACGUAUUGAAGGCACUAGAGCCCAGGACUUUUUUCUUUCUACAUUACAACAUCUUUUAUUGAUACGAGAUGAUGGAGAGAACCGCUCUAAAUUAUUUCAACUGAUUGAUGCUAUUCUUACAUAUGUUGUUAUGGAUCAUCGUAUGGCUGGAAUGGAUCCUACACAUGCCUUGAAUUUUUCUAUACAAGGUGUCGUUAGUAAACUUCAUACUGAUGAGGAGGCUCGAAAAGCAGUAGAAGAAGCUAGAGAGGCACGUAUGAUCGCAGAAAGAACUGCUAUAGAGAGGGAUACUAUGGCUGCCGAAAUUGCAGCAGGUGCUAAUGGCUUAGUUGGGAAAUUAAAGAAAGAGUUAAUGGAACAAGCAGAGGCACUUGAAACACAGAGAAGGCAAAACGCUAUUUUAAGAAAUGAAGUAGAAGAAUUACAAAGAGUUCAUAUGUUGCAACUUCAGAAAAGUGAGAUUGAAACAAGAGAACUUUAUAUGAUAAUACGUGACACAAAUCCUGAAAUAUGGGAAAAUAGUAAAGGUAUUGUGGAUAGAAAAGCGUUAAUGGAUAAACUGGAGAAACAAUUGGAGCGGAAAAAGACUGAAUAUAAAUUGGAAGGAAAAGCUUGGCAAAAUAUUACUUCGAGUAAACGUUUAAAAGAACUUCGAAGUCGUAUGGAAAGUCUUCAAUUAAGUCCGAAAGAUAUCGGUUCUCAAAAAAAUGAUGAAGAUCAAAUAUUACAAUCUCAAGAUACACAUGAAAAGCCGUCAUUUUUUGGUUCAACUAGAGCUAAACCUAGUAAGCUUUCUCCUCGUACUAUUAAACAUCAUUCAAGAUCAAGCGUACGAGUUAUUUCUACAAAUUAUGUUCAUGAUACGAAAAGAUUAGGUGGUGUGCAGCAAAUAGUGCAAUAUAAAAAAGAGCAUGUCGAAGAAAGCACUGAUUAUGUUUUUAUGGAUGAACUUUCUUCUAAAUUAAGACAUUUAAAUAGUAAUGAAGAUACAGAUGAUAUUAUUGGACAUGUUAUAUUUUCUGAGACUCAGACUGAAAGUACUGAUCUGGAUAAUCUUGCAUGGAAUAAUGAUAAUGUAUCAAGUUGUUCUCAAACUUUAAGUUCAGGGACACCUCUUUCUGAUGAAAAGGUCACUCAAAAUAUUCCUUCAGAGACUUCUACUGAUAUUUCUUUAUCAUUACCUUCUCUUCCACCACCACCACCACCACCACCACCUCCUCCUCCUCCUCCUCCUCCUCCACUGCCGCCUCCUCUUCCUUCUCUUUGUCCAAAUAUGGCUGCUUCUGGAUUCAUAAAUUCUCAAAAUGCAUUGGAUAUCUCUCCGCUUCCUCCUCCUCCUCCUCCUCCUCCUGUGUUUUUGACAAAUAAUCCACAGAUGAAGACAUGUAAUGAUUCUGCUACUUCUGUUCUUAAUGGUGUUUCUUCACAACCUCAAAUUUCCUUGGAAAAGUCUGAAGUUGUUCAGGAAAUACCUUUGCAUAGUGGAGAAGUUGGUAGAACUGGACUUCCGUUCAUUAAUCCAGAAAUUAAAACACAAGUUAUGAUGAUGAGGUCGAAGAAGAAAUUGAAACAAAUGCAUUGGGAUAAACUUGAUACUGGUGUAGAGUAUACUCUUUGGGCUCAAAUGAAAUUAGAUCCUAAUGCUUUAGCUGGAGUUCUUUCCAAAAAAGGUAUAUUAGACGAGAUUGAAAGGGCAUUUGCUAUGAAAGAAACAAAGAUUAUAAACACUAGAACAUCAAGGAAAAAAGAGUUUUUAUCUUCUGAUCUUCAGCAACGUUUUGGUAUAAAUUUUCAUAAAUUUUCGAAUUUGUCAGUGUCUGAAAUUGUAAUUAAGAUUCUUCAUUGUGAUAUGGAUACUAUGGAUCUUAUUGAUUUUCUUAGUGAUGAUAAAUUAUUAGGUAUUGAACAAUUAAAAGCAGGUUUAGAGCCUUAUAGAACGGAUUGGUCUUCUGGUGGAACAAGGAUAAAUCCUGAAAAAAAUAUAGAAGAGCUUAGUCGAUGGGAUCAAAUAUAUUUAUAUUUGUUUAUUGAUUUGGGACAUUAUUGGCAGAGAAGGAUGAUGGCAUUAAAAAUGAAGAUUAAUUUAGAACGUUCUUAUACUGAUCUUGUUAGAGAUAUCAAGUGUAUAGAGACGGCUGCAUUAGCUAUAAAGGGUUCUCAAAAUUUUAGAGAAUUAUUAGAUGUAAUUUUGCAUGUUGGGAAUUAUAUGAAUGAUUCUGGAAAACAGGCUUAUGGAUUUAAAAUGACAACGCUCCAACGGCUUCCUAUGACAAAAGAUGAUAGAAAUUCUUUAACGUUUUUGCAUUUAGUAGAAAAGGUAGUUCGUACUAAUUUUCCUCAGUUAGAAGAAUUUCUGGAUGAUUUUAAAGAUGUUGGCUUGGCUGCAAAGAUUAAUCUUGAUCAUAUUAAUUCGGAAUGCAAAAUGUUGGUUGAUAAUGUUUUUAGCAUUGAAAGAGCUUGUAAUACUGGAAGUCUUAGUGAUGCUUCUGUAUUUCAUCCUGAAGAUAAAAUAUUGAAUAUUAUCCUUCCGUUUCUCCCAGAGGCAAAAAAGAAAGUUGGAUAUAUACAAGAUCAUUUUAAUAGUAUGGAAACAACCUUUGAAAAUGUUUUAAGAUAUUUUGGUGAAGAACCUUCGGAUUCUCAAGCUAAAUCAACGUUUUUUCGUAAAUUUGAAAUGUUUUCUAAUGAUUAUAGGAAAGCGCAAAAAGAAAAUUUAGAGUUUGAAGAAGAAUCCCAUCGUCAACUUCUUAGGAGAAGGGCAUUGAAUGCUGCAUCAAAAAGUAAUAUUUUGGAUACUGCGAUGGAUGAAAAUGCUAAAUCUGAUACUGCUAUUAUGGAUAAUUUACUUGAAAAACUUAGAGUAGCACCUGCAGAAAGUAGGAAAGUAAGAAGAAGACUAGUUGCUAAAAAUUUCCAAAUUACUAGCUCUCAUUAUUCAGACAAUCAUAAUAUUACAAAAAAUGAUUCUACGUCUUCUUUUUCAUCGUCUCCGGUAAAUGAGCUAGCUAUUAAAAUGAGGGAUGUAGAAGCCGAAUAUAAUUCAUCUAUUUCAAAAAUGUCUUUGGUACAAUCAUCUACUUCUACGAUGUCGCCAGUUUCAGUACCAUCUGGAACAAUGUCAAAUAAGGAUGUUGCUGCAAAAGCGCAAAGUAUGCUUGAAGGUUUAAGAUGUGGAAAAAUAUCGAGAGUUCCUCCGGUGCUAAAAGAUAAUUCUUCGGUAAAUGGAUUAGAUUAUUCAAUAAAUAAAGAUCAAUCACAAGAUAAAAUGAAUGAUACAAAUCAAUAUCUAAAUCAUAAACUAGAAAAUGAAAUGGAAGGAAUUUAG